AUGUUGGCCUCCCGCGUCGCUAUGCUUGCCAUCGGAAUCUUCAUUCUGUUCGCCGCUCUUCCUCUCGGCAGCUCCGCCGCUCUGCCCGCCUACUGUGGUGCCCCUCCGGUGGACGUGCCGGCAGCUGCCGCCCCUUCCGACAUGGACCUCCGCUUCCUCAUCUUGACGACGAGGCACGGAGACAGGACGCCCGUGAGCCUCUACCCGGGCGGGUCCAGCAGCAACGACGUCGAGUGGCGGUGCAACCUCACCCACCUCUCCUCCAUCGACACCGGCGACGCGGCGCAGGUGCAGCCGGGCCGUCUGUUCCGCAAGCGCUACCUCAACGAUCGGCAGGUGCUCCCCGGCGACUGCAUGUUCGGGCAACUGACGACCAAGGGUCGCGAGCAGCACCUUACCCUCGGCAACUCGCUGAGGCAGGUGUACGUGGACAAGUACGGCUUCCUCGGCAAGCAGUUCUCGUCGGACGAGGUCUGGGUUCGCUCCACCGACGUGCCCCGUACCAUCGCCUCCGCUCAGAGCCUCCUCUCCGGGAUGUAUCUGCCGUCGGACAGCCAGUCGACGGAGGUGCCCGCGUUCGAUCUGCACACGAUCGACGCGUGGAUGGACAACAUGACGCCCAACACGAGGCUCUGCCCCCACCUGCAGCAGGUCUACUACGAGCUCAGGCAGACCCCGGGUUGGAUCGCACACAUGCGCGAGAUCGCCCCUCUCGACGCCAAGAUCAGGUCCAUCUUCAACCUGCCGUCCAAUGCUAGCCUCGACAUCAUCGAUGCCUUCGAUGAGACCUAUGCACGCAUCUGCCACGGCAAGCGCCUCCCCGAGGGCAUCAACUCGCUCGCGCAGGCCAUCGCCCUCAAUGCUCAGUUCGAGAUGGCCUACUUCUACAACCAGACCCAGGUCGCCAGCGCUCUCGGCAUCGGAAGCUUCGUCGCCGAGCAGGUGGCGAGGCUCGAGCAGGCCGUCAACGGACAGGCCGGCGGCCUCAAGCUCGCUUACUUCUCGGGCCACGACACCACCCAUGACGUCGGAACUGACUCCACCGUGACUUCCACAGUGUGGCCUCUGUCGUUCGCCUACGGGUUCGGUAGCAUCGAGUACUGGCCGCCCUACGCCUCGCACAUGGAAAUCGAGCUGUGGCAGAGCAGGAGCGGGUCGCGGGACUUCUACGUGCGCUUCUUCUUCAACGGCCGCCCCAUGCCCACCCUUGGCUGCAACACCCCCGGCCCUUGCCCCUGGAACACCUUCCGUCAGGCCAUCGCCGACGUCAUCCCCCCGCGCUUCCCGCAGCAGUGCGCCCAGAACGUGACCCCGGCCGCUGCCGCCAGCGACCUCUCCUUCCUCCGCUUGCGUUGA